AUGUCAGGUCAACAAGAAUUUGGUAAAAUUAUUGAUGGUAAAGAGAUAUCAAGUCAAGUUAAAGAAUCAAUUAAAGAUGAAAUUACAUUAAUGAAAGAGAAAGGAUUAAGAGCACCAUGUUUAGUUGUAAUUUUAGUUGGUGAUAGAAAAGAUUCACAAACCUAUGUUAGAAAUAAGAAAAAGACAGCAUCAGAUUUAGGUAUUAAUUCAAUUGAUAUCCUCUUACCAGAACAAACUACUCAACAAGAAUUAAUUGAUUUAGUUCAAUCUUAUUCUAAAAAAGAUGAUGUUGAUGGUAUUUUAGUUCAAUUACCAUUACCAUCUCAUAUUAAUGAAGAAAUUAUUUUAACCCAAAUUGAUGAAAGUAAAGAUGUUGAUGGAUUUCAUCCAGUUAAUAUUGGUAAAUUAGCAAUGAGAGGUAGAAAAGCAGAUUUUGAACCAUGUACACCAAAAGGUUGUAUUGAAAUGUUAGAUAGAAGUGGUAUUGAAAUCGCUGGAAAGAAUGCUGUUGUAUUGGGUAGAUCAAAUAUUGUAGGUUUACCAGUUUCAAUGUUAUUAUUAAGUAGAGAUGCUACUGUUACAAUUUGUCAUUCAAAAACUCCAAAUUUAAAAGAAAAAUGUAGAGAAGCAGAUAUUUUAGUUGUUGCAAUUGGUAAAGCAAAAUUAGUUAAAAAAGAUUGGGUUAAAACAGGUGCUGUUGUAAUUGAUGUUGGUAUGAAUACUGAUGAAAAUAAUAAAUUAUGUGGUGAUGUUGAUUAUAAUGAAGUUAAAGAGGUUGCAAGUUAUAUUACACCAGUACCAGGUGGUGUUGGUCCAAUGACAAUUGCAAUGUUAAUGAAAAAUACUCUUGAAAGUGCAAAAAAGAAAUUAUUAAAAUAA